UACGAGAGACGCUCCAACUCCCACAUACGCACCCACUGCAUACAUUCACCCACGCAUUCCACGCCCACACCCACACCCACACCCCCCCUUUCUCUCUCUCUCCCUCUCGCCCUGCCCGCCUCUGUCUCUGCACGCCCAGAGCGCGUUCCUGCUUGGGCAACCAUGCCCGCAUCCGCUGUGCAUUAACCGCUGGCUCGGCCUGAGACACGCACCCAGCUGCUCCAUUCUCCACCAUGAACCCCCAGGGCGAGCCCGCCGCCGGUGCAGCAGAGGCGCGCGCAGAACCGCUGUCAGGAACAGGCGAGCUGUUGUCGUUGCAGUCGCAGUCGCAGUUGCAGUCGCAGUCGCAGUCGCAUCACCGCCGGCAGUCAUCGUCGGUGGGAGCGGUCAAGCGGUCAGCCUCACUCAAGGACGCCGCCAACCCUCACCCGCACACCUCGCCCAAACCCCACAGCCGGGCCACACCGCCCCCUUCGGCUUCUUCCAGGCGACGGUCGAGCGCAGCCAACGGCGCAGUAGAGGCAAUUGGCCUGUUGGCCGACCAUGAGGGGAAGUCGCACCAUCAGCCCUACCACCACCACAGCCAACUCCAUCACCACCAGCCAAGCUACUCGCGCAAGCUAAGCAUCACCUCUACCACCGGCGCCGCCAAUGGCGCCCUACCACACCCACACGACUCCUCUCGUAUCCAUUCCUCGCCGCCCGCCCGCUCAAACAAACUGCACAACUCCAACGCCCGUUCGCCCACCUCCAGCCCCCGCCGCUCCCGCCCUCGCUCCCCGGUCCACGACCCCCCGCCCACAGGCACUGCACCCCCCAGGCUGCCCAAACUGCCCCCCAUCCUGCUGCCCUCGACCGUCUACGACCCAAACACGCCCACAUCCAGCUCCGCCGCAAACUCGCCCUCUGCAGCCAGCCUCUUUGCCCCCAACCUGCAAUCCGUGAAUGCCCCGCGAGACUACUUCAACUCCAAACCCACUCCACCCCAGCCCCCUGCCCAGCGCCCCCCCUCUCGCACCAGAGUCGACAAGGUGCUGGUCAAAUCCCCCCUCGCCUCGCCCGCCAUUCUCAACGAGGCUGACCCAAGGCACGACUCUGCGUCGGGCCCAGGUCGGCCGUCGACAGCACGGCGGCCCUCAGUCGCUGCUGCUGCAGUCGUCGUCGCCGCCGCCACCACCACCACCACCGCUACCGCCACCCCUUUGGGCCACAGGCACGCAGCAUCACGCCAACACGCGGCGAGCCAGAGCAAAGACCAUUCCCGAACCGCAAGCCGAACUCACGCCACAAGUCCAAGCCGGGAUCACAAUCGCAGUGAAAGCAACACCAGCGCAAAAUUGGACGACCAUUACCAAGGCACCCCACCCCGCACCCGCGAGCGGAGGGAAAAGGACAAAAAGACCAUGUUGUCGCGGGCGCUGCAAAAGGCAAACACGGCCGUCCUGCUCGACAAUGCUCAGAACUUCGAGGGCGCCAUGGAGGCGUACGAGGACGCGUGCAAGCUCCUGCAGCAGGUCAUGGUCCGCAGCUCCCAGGAGGAGGACAGGCGCAAGUUGGACGCCAUUCGUGUAACAUAUACCAACCGGAUAGAAGAGCUCCGUCGACUUGACCCUGCCUACACCCAUGGCAGCGGCAAGUCACUGCCCGCUCGCCCUAUGAGUGGGGAAUCGCUGGACGAACACCGCUCAAUGCUCUUGCUAGAGGACGAUGACGAAGAGCCUGCAGUAAUCCAAACUGCCUCUGUUUCUCGAAUCGUAAACGACGCCUCGGUAUACGAAAACUCCUUCGCCGGCGAACCAGAACAACUCCCUUCACACCAACUGCCCCUGCGCAGUGACUACCAAGGUCCCCGUGAGUCGGUCAUCUCAACUGCCAUCCGCGAUAUGCAAAAAGGCAUGCAAAACUCGCAAUUCAGUUUACAACCACCACCACCACCAGCCAGACUUGGGCCUUCGGCUACUUCUGGUCGCUCUUCGGUUGCCGAAUCAGCAAUGGAUCGCACAUAUAUGCCCCCGCCCCUAUCGCCAAGGAGAUCAAAAUCACCCCUAUUCGACAGCCAGAGUGAAUCCAGACCCGACGAGCCCGGCCGGUUGUUGCAACCGCAGCAGACACUAGGGACCAACCACCAGCGAGUCCACAGCAACGAGUCUACAUCAUGGCUUGACACCAUAGACGAAUCCGGAGGUUCCUCGUGCUCCUCUUCGGUGCACUCCAUGUCCCCGGGAGGGCCACGCCGAAAACACUUACGGAAUCCAAGUGGAGAGACAGAAGCAGAGUUUGAUGCGGCGCUCGAUGCUGCCGUUGAAGCUGCGUACGACGACGGUUACGAACCUUAUGAUGACGACAUGUCCACGCCAGCCGAUCUAAUAUCGGCCAAGAUGCGAAACGUGGAAAUGGCCAAGGAGCGCGUACGGGAAGCAGAACGCGAAGAGGCUAUUGCAGCCGCCAAAUACCGUUACAAAGAAAACCAAAUCCGCAAUGAGGCACUGCCACACGUGCGCGAGACUGCCGAAAUCACCCUCAACGACGAGGCGGAAGAGGAGGAAAGGCUACUCGAUGAGAUGACCAGAGAGUAUAUGCUGGAUGGUUUCGAUUUCGACUUGCAAACAAAAUCAGCGCUGCCACGGCAGUCAGACUCGAGCAACUUUUCUGGAAGCACGUACAACAGUUCAGUGUCUUCGCACAGGACGACAGGUGGAACGUCGCUCUCAACCGUCACCGAAGUGGUCCACCCGCCAUCCAAACCACCGCCCGCACAUUCUCCUCCUACGGCCCCCGCUCCAUCUGGUGCUCUACCUGCACUGCCCCCAGUUCUCGAGUCACAAGCAUCCAAUACGAUGGAUGCAGCAGAGGUUACGCCCCGACCCAAUACCGCAACCAAGGACGCCGCUUCUGUGCGAAGCCGCAGAUUGUCAGGGCAAAACGCUAAGUCGCUCAAGAUCGAGACAUCUGUGCUCAAUAUUCCGCCUGCACCGCAUACGGAGAAACCGCCUGUACCAGCAAAGGACGUGCCCAUUGAUCUUCCUGCACAACCAAAGUCUGCUGCUGCUGCAUCGUUUAGCACUAGCAAACCUUCCCUGGAUUCGACAUUCAAAUUGCCUGCACUGCCGCAAAUCGCUCAACAGACCAGUCUUGCCGCUCCUUCACCACAGCCCGCAUUGUAUAGUCCUUCUGAAAAUGGUCCUAGUCCGUCGCCAAUGAUAUACGGUGUCUCAAGCGAACCUAGUCUUGCGCCAGGUUCCCCCAAAACCGGAAAAACCCCAGCCUUGGGUAUUAGAAAAAACAAAUCUUCGCUUAGCUUGAAGCAGCGGAAUUUGUCCAUGUCUAGCCCAGAUGGCUCAGACGUAUCCAUUGGAACGCCGCUCAGCACAACCUUCUCCGUCACCGGACGGAAGCCUAGCAACGCUGGACUGCCUAUCCCAACCCCUAGCCUUCCCACGUUUAACAUUGAUGGCCUACCGAGCGGCGGAAUGCAUCUAUUCGAGAGUGAUAUCCACUCGCCCUUUUCUCCUGGCUCGCCCAGUCCAGCAAUUACAAAUGCACCUAUUCCACUGGAGCCAUGUCCGGAUUCGUACCUGCUGAGGCCAUUUUGGUUAAUGCGAUGCUUCUAUCAGACUAUCGUGCACCCCCGUGGCGGUUACCUAUCAACCAAGCUUUUCAUUCCUCGCGAUGUCUGGCGCGUCAAGGGUGUCAAACUGAAGAACGUUGAAGACAAGAUUGCCAACUGCGACAUGCUCACAGCGACCCUGCAGAAGCUAGCUGCUGUCGACACAAACGAUGCGGACGCCGUGCUAGAAGAGAUGCAGUCUCUAGAACUAGUGCUUGACCAGAUACAGGCUCAACUAGCCAAGAAGCUGGGUAACGAAGUUGGUAUCCAAUCUGUAUCAAUCCUCUUCAAAGAUGCAACUACCGUUGGCGAAGGCGCAGCAUCUGCAGACGGCUUUUCCAAGGGCCCAACAACUAGCCAGGACUUUGUACCCAAGGGUGCUGUUGCCCAGGGCAAGUCGUACCUGGCGUCAUGGCGCAAACUGCGAUCCAAGAACUCUGGUGUCAAUCUUGCCAACAUGGCUACCGGUGCCACGAAGAGUACAGAGGUGCCCAAGGAUACGCUUGUCAUGGCUACCCUUCCCAUGACGAGUUUGACAAGCAUACGUUUUGCAAAGCGCGACAUUUCGGGCAUAAACUUCGAGGGCCCCAAUGCAGGAUACAUGGGAUCUUUGGCGCGCUUGUUUGAUGCAGUCCAGAUACUGGAUCAAAUCGCGCGUCAAGUCGAAGACCCAGGUCUGAAGCACUCUUCACCUACCCACGUUGGACUCGAACUGUCAACUCGCCAUGCUGCAGAGUUCUUUGGCUUCUACAUUUGUCGUUUUGUCCUUUCCGACGUGACACUUAUGCUAGACAAGUUUAUCAAGAGAGGGAGUGAAUGGGUUUUGGUUUAGGAGAUGUGUGUGUGAAAGAGAGAGAGAGAGAGAGAGAGAGAGAGAAAGAAAAGAGGUUUGCAAGAAGAGGACACACUUACCUCCUUGUCUCC